AUGGCACCUGAUAUGAUUGUGUUUGUAUUAUGGGCGCUGCUACUUGUAUUGAUGGUGAUAGGUUCGGUCAAAUUUUAUUGCCGCAACGAUCUGGAUCGGGAUCUCGAAGCCGGACUAACGAGCUACUCUGUACGAGAUGACCGAGCCGUGCAGGCUUCGAGACCGAGUACGUACGGGAUCAUCGUCCGGUAUAGGGGUGGGGAGGAAACGGAAUCGAGUUGCGUCGAGUGUGUUAUAUGCUUGGAUGAAUUCAAAGACGGAGAUUCUUGCAGGUUCCUUGCCGGUUGCAAACAUUUGUACCAUCAACUUUGCGUAGAUCAAUGGUUGGUUCAGGAUAUGCAUUGCCCGCUCUGCCGUCGUUUUGUCUAUGGUUUGGAAUUAACACCCACGACGACGAGUGGCACUGAUCAGAAUCAAAUUUGUUCCUCUCCGAUUUCGACUUGA